AUGUCAGGCCCGCCAGGGAUGCCAGGGUCGUACCUUCCAGCCGUGAGAGAACGAGGGAACGAUGCACCAGCCGAUGCCCAAGGAUCGCACGGAGAUGACGUGCCCGACAGCACGUCCGAGGUCGGGGCAGUGGACGAUUUCGGUGGUGCGGGUGACGACUCACGCAGCGCUGAUGGAAAAAAAGAUGAGGACACAGGCACCGGCGGUGGACUCCGCGGCCUAUUGGAGAGGAUCGAAGAGAAUCUCGGGGUGAGCAGGGAAGGCACGGGUACGGACGACGAGGGUACUGUCGACGACGGGGGAGACAUGGAAAGCGGGGGCGAGGAGGGUGACAUCGGGUUAGACGAUGAACGAUACAACGAUUUCCAGGGUAAUGUGGACAACAGAGGGACCGAUGGGGCACCUGAGGUAUUCGAGCCUCCCGGGCAUAAUGGUGGCGCGUCAUCUGCCCCCAGGUUAAAUAAGCUUCACACAAUGACGCCGUCUUAUGCAUCGAGUAAGACGGUGGAGGGCGGCGCCGAGAAAUUGAGAGAGAACACAAAAGCCCAAGGUUCUGAUUUCUACCCCUUUCGUACGAAGGAGCAACAACUAAUUUUCGUCUGGCAGCAUGUACAUCGGAUCUCGCAAAGGGCAUUGAGAGGACUUCUAGAAGUACUCUUGAUGCAGUACGAGGGCGAACCGUUUGACGUACGUGGGCUCGCAGACGUCGACCCCGAGCACUUCUAUGAUCGCAUGCGGCCGUACUUGCCCCUGCUAGAGCUACUGGAGCGAGACGUUCCGUCGACAGACGACGGAACGACGUCGUCUGUCGUCUAUUGCGCGGAGAAGAGGCAACCGCAAAUUCGCUGACGAGCGACCACGUCAACUGCGUGCCUACACGGCGAGAGGGAAACGUCAUGAACUCAAACCACAACGGCACCCUCGCGAGGUCAAUCCCAUUCUUCGGCUUUGACGGCAUACGAGCAAGAGUGUGCGGGAGGAAGGUAUACGUCAACGACACUUGUGAGUGCGAGGUCGAGGGAGUGGCUACCCUAUGUCGUAUUUUGGAGAUCAUCUACGACGGAGAACGUCGGUUGGUGCUAGUAACCGUGCGGCUGUCCAGGG